AUGAUUGGGAGGAGAUGGAAGGGUUUUGAAUGGGGUCAAACGGGCUUAAAAUGGGCUCAAACGAGUUUAAAUUAUAAUAAGACAAUAUAUAAUACAAAUAGUAGAGAUUUUCAUAUAUUUAGAAUGUUAACAUGUUUAAAAUUAGAAAAAAAUAUAGUUUUUAUAAGAAACUUGAAAAAAAUCUCAAAAAAAAGAGAUUUGGAGUGUACAAACUAUUUAAAUUAUGUUCCAGUUGGAGCAAGGCCGAGAUUUUCUAUAUUAAUGGAACUAGCGAAGCCGAGAUUAACGUUUCUUGUAGUACUUUCUACAAUGUCAUCAUAUGCACUUGCACCAUUUCCGGUAUCAUCAAUAUCAACACUUAUUUUCCUAUCAAUUGGUACAGCAAUGUGUUCUGCUUCGGCUAAUGCAUUUAACAUGAUGCUUGAGUCGGAAUAUGAUGCACAAAUGUCAAGAACUCGUUAUCGUCCUCUUGUACGUGGUGUUAUUUCACUUCCAGCCGUUUUUUCUUUUGUUUGUAUAACAGGAGCACUUGGUACAUUUUCACUUAUUUGGGGAGUUAAUACAACUACAGCAUAUUUGGGUGUUAUAAAUAUUUUUCUUUAUGGUGGUGUUUAUACACCACUUAAACGUAUUUCUAUUAUAAAUACAUGGAUCGGGGCAGUAGUAGGAGCACUUCCUCCUCUUAUGGGCUGGUCUGCAAGCUCCAAUGGCGAUCUUUUUAGCCAUCCCGGGGGAUGGAUUCUUGCGUGUAUUCUUUAUACUUGGCAAUUUCCUCAUUUUAAUUCACUUUCAUGGAACGUUCGACAUGAAUAUGCGCGUGCAGGCUAUCAAAUGAUGUGUGUUACAAAUCCAGCUUUAAAUGCACGCCUUGCUUUACGAUAUAGUCUCUUAUGUUUUUUAUUUUGUUGGGCACUACCUAUUUCCGGCUUACUAGAUCCAUUCUAUUUAAUUGAUAGUGCUAUUGUAAAUAUAUUUAUGAUAUCUUGUUCAUGGAGAUUUUAUAGACAUCAAACUGAGAAAAAUGCACGAGAACUAUUCUAUGCAAGUCUUAUUCAUCUUCCAGCCAUUUUUCUACUUGCGCUGGGUCAUAAAGUUGUUAUGAUAUGGUUUAAAAAAGAAAAUACUAAACAAAUGGAUUCUGUAUCAUAAUUACCAAUACAACCAUGCAUUUUCAAGUUAAAUCAACAUUCAUUAUUACAUAAGCAUGUUAUGUUAAAUCUUUAAAAAAAGACAUAUCCUUAUCUAACAUUAAUUUCUUUU